AUGUCGCAGAACAGGCCGCUAAUGAAUGUGAAUGAAGACUCGGAAAUACUCUUUAAACUUGGAAUACUAACCUCGAAAGCAAAAAGUAAAAGAAGAAUUAGUGGUGUUGAAGACAGAGCUGACUCUUCUGCUGCUUUAAGUAGUAGUAUUACGGACGAUGAAGACAGUGAUUUUGAUGUGCUAUACGAUAAGAGUUCUCUGUUAAGCCGUGGUGCUGGUACGAAGAAAGACAAAAGUUGUUUAACUUUACCUGCUCGCAACACCUUGCCAACUCUUUCUUUUCUUGUUUUGGGUUUGUUGAGUGCUACAAUAUAUGUAACUUUGCCAGAGAUCGGGGAUGCAACUAAGUCUUCACGUCCUACGUCUCUACUCUUUAUUCUUCUUAUCAACGGUUUCGGAUGUGUCGUGGGCAAUUUUUCGUUCGGCUUAGUAAUAGUUCGCGGAAAUGACCAUGGAAUGCGCACUCUGUUGUUCGUGCACGCUUCUUUAGCUUUUGGUUCUAUGAUUGCUCCUUUAACGUGCAUAUUCUUUGUUAAUUCUCCCGUUUCAAAUGCAGUAGAACAAUCUUCAACAGGCUAUUUUUAUAACUCACCAUUUUCUCAGGUCCACAAAGGUCUUCGAGCAGUAACUUAUUUUUCUACUGCUAGUUUAAGGAGCGGUAACAGUUCUGCUUCAAGAUUGCUGCCCUCUUCUGUUCAAAAGUCUUCCCUUAAUGAGUUGUUUGGACAGGGAAAUAAAUCUAUACUUGAUUUACCAGGUUAUACUGCUAGAAGAAAUAACAUUUCUGAAAACAGUGCUGUUAUAUCAAAAGGGGUUCAUGGUAAAGAGGGUUUUGUUGUUGGAGAAAGAAAACUACUAGCAGAAAAUGCUACAUGGGACUCAAUUAAAGACCAGUCUGGAUCUGCGUUGAAUUUGAGGAAUGGUUUAGACGAUAAAACGGAUUUAUGGCAGUGGCUUGCAAGGGUAUUAUUUCUCCUCCUGGGUGGUGUGGAAGCAACUUGUGGCGUUGUAAUGCCUCUUCGUUCUUCCGAGUUUUUCGAUGGUAAUGCAAUUCAAACGAAAGUUUACUUGGUGAUAUCAUUAUUUUGGGCCGGCGGAUUAAUUUCAAGACUCUGUUUUUGCUUCAGUGCAAAACUGGCGAGUUCGGUACAGCUUAUGCAAUUCCUUCUUUUAGCGACUUCAGUCAUUUCGUGCUUUAUAGCCAUGUUUUCUCACUCCUCUGUUGUAGCACUUGGUAUUGAAGUCUUUUUAUUAGGUAGCUUUGUCUUGCCGGUAGUUCCAUGUGUUCUUAAUUGGUUGGAAGUACAAAAGACUAAAGACUGGCCGACGCUAUGUUUUGAUAACAGUGCAGCUUCAUCUUUCGGACGUGCCUUGGUCCCCUUCCUAGCUUCUUUUAUAACCUUAGAGUUCUCUUCGCUUACUUGCCUCUUUGGCUUUAUAGCAUUCCUCGUUGGUUGUGCAUUUUUGACUUUGUUGAUAUUGACGCGCACAGUUCGUGAGGUUACACGAGUUAUUGCUGUCGAAAAGCUUUCUGAGACUUUAAUGGCCACAGACGAAAUGAAAAAAAGGGGGUCAAAGAAAAACGGGUUGCUGGAGAGAGUUAGGGAAGAUGGGUAUACCAAACUGCAAGAUGGAGAAGAUUUGCAGCUGGAAGUUAUUCCUAGUGAUCAGGAGUCUGAGGAUGAAUUGUGA